AUGGCUCUGGGAAUCCUCGAACCCAAGGCGGAACUCGUUCCCGGGACCGUCUAUGUCUACGACGCGGAACAACGACAUGCAGAGUUGUUGGAGACUGCUCAGCAUUUGAAAAGAGACAAGGCUGGUCGAAUUAUAUUGGUUCCUCAGCCAUCGAACGACCCGAACGAUCCCUUGAACUGGCCCCUCUGGCAGCGAGAUGUGAUUCUCGGUAUCCUUUGUUUUGUCUCAUGCGUCGCCACUACGGCGUCUCCCCUCCUUGCGGCGGACUCGGUGACACUUGCUAUACUGUUCAAGCGUACAUUCCAAGAUGCGGCCCUUCUGACGGCAUACCAUUUGGUUGGUGUCGGAGUUGCAGGAUGGCUGUUCGUGGCAUCGGCAAGAGUCUGGGGGAAGAGACAUCUUUUCCUCUUUGGAGCUCUGCUCAUGGUCGCAAGCUCGGUUUGGGGUGGCUCCACACAUGCAAAUCAUAACUAUGCGAGUAUUCUCUGGAGCCGUGUCUUUCAGGGAGUCGCACUGGCUCCAUUUGAAGCCCUUGUCAAUGCCUGUGUCGGGGAUCUCUAUUUCGUGCACGAACGCGGAGUGCGAAUGGCAAUAACCAACACCUGUCUUUUCGGGGGAGCAUUCCUCACGCCAGUCUUUGUGGGCAUGAUCGCAGCACAUAUCGGGUGGCAGUGGAGUUUUUAUCUACUUGCCAUUUUCAUGGCUGUAGGUUUUAUCCUGGUAUUCUUCCUGGUUCCCGAAACUGCAUACCGAAGAGCUCAUUCACUGGAUCUUGAUCUUCUCGCCGAAGACUUAUCAACCGAAUCGUUAUCUCAACCUCAGGCCACGAGUGCGCGAGGCUCCGACGAAAAGCCGUUACAUUCGACGACUGUGACUGAAACUCCUCCUACAAAGGAUUCUUGGGUCAAAUCUCUAAUGCCAUUCAAUGGGCGUAAGACUGACGAGUCCUUUUUGAAACUCCUCUUCCGUCCAUUUCCACUUUUUUUGCAUCCUGCGGUUGCUUGGGGAUGUUUGAUCCAAGGCGUGAUCAUCGGCUGGACUGUCAUGGUCGGGGUGAUACUCUCCCUGAUCUUUCUUGGGCCGCCUCUCUUCUUCAAUGAAGAGAGAGCCGGGAAGAUGUACACCAGCGCCUUCAUUGGCAGCAUGCUCGGGCUUGUUCUGGCGGGACUAUAUAGCGAAGUCGUGACCAAGCUCAUGAUCCAACGCAACAAGGGCAAGUACGAACCCGAGUUUCGCAUUCUACUGGUCAUUCCCACGCUGGUCUUUUCAGCAAUCGGACUUUACGGAUUCGGAAUCACAGCACAAGAUGUCGGACGUUACGGCUGGAUCGUUCCUGAGGUCUUCCUGGCAUUCAUCAUCAUCAGUAUGGUUAUGGGAGCGAUUGCUUCCGCGCAGUACCUGUUGGACGCCCAUCGUGACAUCUCAGUUGAGGCAUUUACGAAUCUGCUGAUCUUCAAAAACAUCUUCUCGUUCGUUUUGGCCUACAAUGCCUACAAUUGGGUAUUUGCAAUCCGCAUCAAACAUUUAUUUAUCAUUCUUGGCAGCAUUGAAAUUGCCGUUUGUUUGUUGAGCAUUCCGAUGUACGUGUAUGGGAAGAAAAAUCGGGAUUUUUUCCGUCGACAUGAUAUUCUGAGGAUUACGAAACUGAAAUGA